UCCAAGUCUCUCCCACAUUAAUCGUCAGUGUAGUACAUUCUAUCUCUCUUUCUUUCUCCUGUAAGCAUGAGCUCAGUGCCUUUGUUCAAGCCAUGACUACCCAACCCCAAUCCAACCACCGGCAAAGCCAACGUCUCCCCACCUGUCAACGCCACCCAACCACCACACCGGUCACUAGCUUUUGCGCCUCAUGUCUCCGGGAACGUCUUGCUGGUAUCCAAAAUAACUCACCCACCGCCACCCCCACUCCCUCUACCUUCUCAUUCCGCCGCUCCAAAUCCUGCUCCGGUGGCCCUAACCCAUCCUCCUCCUCUGCCGCCUCCGAGCUCCGCCGUAAAUCUUGCGACGUAAGGGCCCACAAUACCCUCCACUAUCUUUUCGCCAUCGAUGACAAAACCCUCAAUUUUAACCACCCUCCUUCAAAAGUUGAAGCUUUUCAAGGCUUUGAAGAAGAAGAAGAAGAAGGAGAGUUGAAAACGAUGAAGGAAUUCAUAGAUCUCGAAUGGGGGAGCAAAAAAACUUCUGGGAGAUCUUUAUGGGAAGCAGCUUCGGUUUUCAGCAAGACAUUGCGGAAAUGGAGCAAAAAACAGAGCAAAAAGAAGGAGAAAAAGGAGGGUUUGGUUCUUCAGAAGGCAAACAGAAGGGGAUUAAGAGAGACUCAGUCGGAGAUCGGGGAAUAUGGGUUGUUCGGGAGAAGAUCUUGUGAUACUGAUCCUAGAUUAUCAGUUGAUAUUGGCCGUUUAUCUGUUGAUGAUUCAAGAUUUUCCUUUGAUGAGCCAAGGGCUUCGGGGGACGGUUAUUUGAUUGGGAAGCAGAAUUCAAAGGUUAACGAGGAAGGGAAUGUUGGGGAAGAGAGAUUGAGUGUGGUAAAAGAGGAGGAAAGGAGUUGCCCUGGGGGGUCAGCUCAAACGAGAGAUUAUUAUGCGGAUUCUUUGACUAGGAGGAGGAGAAGUUUUGAACGGUCAGCGUCCAAUAGGAAGAUAAGUUUGGGGGAAGCUGAGGAUUUCAAGUCUUCGAUUUCAAAUGCUAAAGUGUCUCCUGAGACUGUUGAAUUGUUUCACGGGGCGAAACUGUUGGUUACCGAGAAGGAAUUGAGGGAUUCCAAUUGGUAUUCUAAUGUGGAAUCUGGUUCCAAGGAUGUUGAGUUUGUUGCUGAUGGGGUUGGUCAAAAAGGGUUUCAUUUGAAGAAGGCCAGGAAAUGGAAAAAUGUUUGGAGUAUCUUGGGUUUGAUACAGAGGCAAAAAGAGAGUUUAUUCGGAGAGGAGAAGAGGAAUAAUGGACGAGAUGUGGGUGAUGGGAGGCUAGCGGAGUCGUUGCAGAAGCCUAGGAGGGUGGCUAAUGGAGAAGAAGAUAGAGGUAUUAGAGGAAAUGUAGAUGAAGCGACACUGGCGGAGUCAUUGCAAAAGCUGAGGAGGUUGGCCAAUGGAGAUGAAGGUAAAGGUGUAGGAGGAAAUGCGGCUGAUGGGACGCUGGCAGAGUCGUUGCAGAAGUUAAGGAGGGGGGCCAAUGGAGAUGCAAAUGGGAGUAUUGUAAGCCAGAAGCUGAUGCGGAGCUGUAGUGUUAGUUCUCGACAUUCAGUGGAUGGAUCAUCUUUCUAUGGAAUGAGUGUGCCUGAGUCUAAAGGCUAUGGUGAUCAGACAAGCGAGAAUCUUAUGCUGCAACAUAAUAGGAGUGUCCGACAUUCUCCUAACCUUGAUAAUAGGCCAUCGCGGUUCUACUUGACACCAUUGCCGAGUUAUAAGAACAGCAAAUCUGGAAUUAGGCUAAGAAACUCAAGCUCUGUAGGUGGGAAUGGCGCUUAAAUUUGUUACGUGUUGUAGAAACGUGUAUGAAUGUGUUCCUCCUUGUUCUAUAGAUAAAAAAAACCCACACCAAAUGAUCAUCUUUCUUGUGCUAAGCAUAUGUUUUUCUAAUAACGCAGCAAUGGAGAAAAUGGAACAGUGUCUUGCUAUUGUGAGUAUAGUGAGAAUUGUAGCUUAGCAUUCACAGGAAAUGAAAUCACGUUGUUCAGAUUUUUUUCCCCUUUUUUCAGUGAUGGCAAAUACUUCUAUUGUUCCCUUAUUGUUCCUUGCUUGUACGCUUUGAUAAUGAUCUGAAUGUUUUAUUUUCUUACAUAGCUUUUCCCCUUGGCUUUCCCAGUCUUUUUUUUUUUUUUUCAU